AUGCCUCGUUUUUCCAGCGAUCCAGGCGCGCAGAAAUCCCCGGAGCGCGUGGAUGCUUCAUUUCCCGCCGCUGACGCGCAAGCCGCAGCCGCUGGCGCGGGAACAUUUCUCCGCCCCACGCCUCCGCGCAGCCCGCGCGAAGCCUCCAGCGCGGCGCUCGGGUUCCGCCACCGCCGCUGGCACUCGUUCAGCGGAUUUCAAGAGCUUCCGGGGGAGUGCGGAGUUUGUGGCACACCUGAGUCCGUGGAUGGUGCUUAUGACGGGGAUAUUACCAGUUAUCCUCCACGCGCGCCGUGCCCGUCUACAGUUGCGGUUGCGGCUGCUUCUGCGGCUACUGCUGCGGCCGCUGCUGCGUCAUCGUCUCCUAUCCCCACGCCCGCCGUUGCUGCGCAAUAUUCUGUACCUCCCGCAGCUGCUGCUGCUGCUGCCACGUCACCACCUCCUUCUGAAGCCAUGUGGCCACGAAGCCAGUUCAAUGGCUCCCUCGUGCUCCAUGCCCUUCCCACGAGCCUUCAUGGCCGUACAGUCACCGCAUGGGUUAUGACGAGCACGCUCAGCUGGAAAGCAGUCUCCCUGCGAGGCAGGUACAAGCUUUCCGAAGUCGCCUCGCAGUGGCCCUUCCUCUUCCUCCUCCUCCUCCUCCUCCUCUGCCUCCUCGUCGCCGUCAACACCCCUCUCUCCUCCUCCCCUUUCUCCUCCUCCCCUCUCUCCUCCUCCCCUCUCUCCUCCUUCCCUCUCUCCUCCUCCUCUCUCUCCUCCUCCCCUCUCUCCUCCUCCCUUGUCUCCGCCGCCCCUGUCCGUGCUCUCAUCCUCAAAGCCCAUCUCUCCACUGUCACAAUCGAAACCCACCUCUAG